GCUGUUGAAGAGAAAGAAGUGGCUGCUAAGGCAUUGUCAAACCUUAUGGUUUAUGCCGGGAAUAGAAGGAUUUUUAGGAAGGAAGAGAGGGGGAUUGUCAGUGCAGUUCUGUUAUUAGACCCUUUGAUUCAGAGUUGGGAUAAGAAAUACUAUGUUUCAAUAUUGGCAUCGCUUGUGCAUUCGAAGAAAUGUCGUAAACAAAUGGUGGCGUCGGGUGCUUGUGUGUACUUGCAGAAACUGGUUGACAUCAAUGUUGAGGGUGCUAAGAAGCUCUUGGAUAGUCUUGGUCGCGGUAAGACCAUAGCGGUGAAUGAAGUGCGGGGAGGAUUCAUUUCUCU